CAAGGUAAAAUCAUUUUCUUAAGUGGGGUCAUUUUCGAGGACUAUAUAUUUAAGCUUUCAGCUUUUUUAGGACACUUCACCAGUUUACAAUAAAUCUAUUCACAAGAACUUUAUUUACCAAAUCGAUUUUAAAUUUGAUAAAAUCCACAGGCCAACACCAAUUAAUCAUAGGAAACAUCGGGUACAUUAGAUCAUUAUUUAAAGUACCUGUAUGUUUGUGUAAUAUAGUGUAUUUAGUGGACACACCGAUUGCCGGACCAUUAUAAAGAUUGAAUGUACAUCAUGUCAUUGAUACUGUUCGUCAUCUGUUCUUUCGUCACAGUUGUCUUUUCCAACAACAAUCAAAUAAAUACCGUAAUGGUCGAAACUCCAUCAGGACUAAUCAAAGGUAUUCAGAACAUAUUUUCAGAGAAUGGAGUUCAAGUUAACGAGUUUCGCGGAAUAAGGUAUGGAAAGGCUCCUAUUGGUCCUUUCCGUUUUCGGAAACCGACACCGGUUGAAAAAUGGACAGAUACGUUUGAUGCUACUAAAUUUGGUGCUGCUUGUGCGCAGCUGCAAUUGGAUUUUUUACCGGGAUAUAAAAAACUUGACAUGUCUGAAGAUUGCCUUUUCCUGAAUGUUUAUGUUCCAAAAGUAUUGAAUCCAUAUAGAAAAUUAUCUGUUAUGGUUUGGAUCCAUGGUGGUGGACUCUCAAUGGGGCAUGCUCAUGAUUAUGAUGGUGGACGUAUUGCAACAGAAGGUGAUGUUAUAGUAGUGACUAUUAACUACAGAUUAGGAAUUUUUGGGUUUUUCGCAUUAAAUCAUCCAGCUGCGAGGGGAAAUUAUGGUGUUUGGGAUCAGAAACUUGCUUUACAAUGGGUACAUGAUAAUAUCGCUGCGUUUGGUGGUGACCCUGAAUCGGUUACAAUUUUUGGAGAGUCUGCAGGCGGAUGGAGUGUGAAUGUACAAGCAAUGAUACCUUCAAACAAAGGACUGUUCCAGAGAGCUAUAUCUCAAAGUGGUGCGUUUGACUUUGGAAGGACAUUUACGUUGAAGCCGAAAAUGCUGAGAAAAUAUGCCGAGGACUAUGCAAACAAAACAGGAUGUUCAUUAGACGACUUAUAUAAAUUUACACAUUGCUUAAGGGAAGUUUCAGUUGAUGAGCUUAUAGAUAUGACAAACCCAAUAAAGACAAAUCCAGUUGACAGAAUACCACUGGAAACAACCAGUUCGGGGGUUGUUGAUGGCGAACUUUUUACUGACAAUCCGUUUAGACUGUUAAGCGACAAAACCUCAGAUGUAGCAAAGUUUUUCAAAUCUAUUGAUUUCAUGGCUGGAACAACAUCUAAUGAAGGAUCUUUGCUGUACAUGGUUGCCCCACCGACUUUUCAAGAUCAUUUUGGAUUUAAUAUGACCGAGGGAAUACCAUCUAAAGUUGCAUGUGUUGGCAUCAUAGCACCAUUUGUAGAAUUGUAUUUAAACAAUAAUCCUGCAUUAAAAAAAAAAUUAUGUGAUUUUUACACAGUCGAUGGUUCUGUUGCCGAACAAGGAUUGAGGGUGUCAGAAUUCUUUGGAGAUUUAUUAAUAACAUAUCCCGUUGUAAGAAUGUUGGAAUAUCAUUCGUCAUUAGGGGGUGAAACGUGGCAGUACAGAUUUUCCAAGACAUCUCCAUCUCCCAUUGGUGGACCUCCGCCAUCUUGGUUCAAAGGGUCAGGUCAUGCUGACGAGCUCAUAUUCAUGUUUUCCAGCAAUCCUUUUACAAGCCCUGAUACUUCUCUAUCGGAAGAUGAAAAAGAGCUAUCGAAGCAUAUGAUCAACUAUUGGACUUCAUUUGCGAAAUCUAGGAAUCCCAAUGAAGGAGGAGAGCCAGUAAAAUGGAAGCAAUUCACACUUAAAGACAGAGAUUACGUGAACCUUGAUGUCCCCAUCAGGGCGGAUACCUUUAUGGCAUCAGAUAGUGUGCAAUUCUGGACAGAGCUGUAUGAGAGUUAUGAAUUUGAGGCGUCUGGUGGACUAAAUGAACACGACGAAUUAUAAUAUUAUACUUAUAUAAAUGAUCAAUCCAAUUAAAAUAUUCAUCUCUGAUUACGUAAUGCUACAUAUGAUAUAUUUUUUUAGGUAUAACGUAAUCAGAGAUCAAUAUUUUAAUUAAAAAACACAACCGAACAAAAUCACACAAAGCACAAUUUCAAAUAAGAAAAAUAACAGAUAUCAUAACAGAUUAAUAAAAGAUAGAAAACAAAUGACAAAUAUUUAUUUUACAACAUAAAUCACACAAAGCACAAUUCAAUAGAACAUACACUUAUUAAGAAGGGAUAUAGUUACCAUACUGUUGUCAGGUCAUUAAAGAUUGCAUAUUU